AUCAUGGACAAAGUAUUCAACUCACAGGAAUCGAAAAGCUCAAACUACGUGGAUGACAAGAUACCAGAAUUGGAGGAUAUUAAUAAGACGAUCAACGACAUGUUUGUCGAGGACCCUGAACGCAUUUCUUUGAAAAGUAAUGAAUCAAAUGAGCACAGUGCAUUUUCAUCAAAUAAAACAAACCACUACGAAGAUUAUUCCCAGCCCGUUUCAAAAACACUAAGCAUAAGCAAUUCAACCUGGGAACGAUUUUGUGAAACCAAACCCAAAUCGACAUUAUAUAAGUGUGCUCGCUGCGGACAGCAUAAGCAUCGUGAAGAUAUAUUUGCUAAAAUUAAAAUAAAGGAUAGUAAAGUUCCAGGAAAAUCCGAUGCGAAUCAAAUCAGGCUGAAUAAAAAAAUAGGAUGCGCAAUAAAGCAAAGGCUAAAUAACUUAAGAUCCUUUUCAGGAGCACAAGAAUGUAAAAAAUUCGAACACGAAAAGAAGAAAUCCCUAAAACCAGCAGAUCAUGGAGUAACCCCAGAGCUUUUUAGAGAAAACCGAAGUAUGCAAAAGCGAAAAGCUACGGAUGACAUCCCAAAUGAGGAAAAUAUAAGACGGCAAUCCAUAAUUACAAGCAUUCAAAGCAAGGGGUAUUCUUUGGCAUCACAAACUCCUAUAAACGAUCAAAGCACUUUAAAAUGUUUAAAUUUACAAGCAAAAAUAGAUAAUAGGGAUAACAAUCCAGCCAAAAUAUAUGAUCAACCAAAGAUCACUCUCUCCAAGAUACACCACGAAUGUCUUCAAAAUCGACCCAGAAUCGCACUUAAAGCUGUGAAUUUAAACCAAUCUCAAAUACCGGAUAAUAACUUUCAAUUACGUAGACAUAAGGAGCCAUCGUUCAACUGGGGAGUGAUGCAAAUCUGCGAGACUGUAUCUCAUAGGAGUCUAGUAAUCCCCAAAACACUGGUUCCCACUUAUGUUGGUGAGUUGGUGCAUAUCGGUCAAGCCACGAAAUGCUAUAUCAAGAAAAAUAUUCUUCCGGACUAUCCGCCUUCGUCUCUCUUUGAGUUUCGUAUCCCUGACAUUAGUCCCAACGAGCUGCUAUCCUAUCGAAGUUCGGAUGACAUUAGCGGAAGCUGUACUCCAAUACCUCAUACAGCGAGUCCAAAGGAGCAACCUAUAAGCCAUAAAAACCCGUGUCUUCCGGUUGAUCCAACCCAGCCAGAAAAAUCGGAAAGUCGAAAGACUAUAUACGAAAAUCUUGAAUUGUCGUUCACCACACAAAAAGCAGAUAGUUUUAACCAUCCCAAUGAUAAAUUAGCUGAUUAUGAAGACCAAUUGGUAGAUAUGAAUGAAAAAUGCAUAAAUGCUGAUUUUAGUUCCUUAAGUGACAACAAUAUGGGCCAUACAUCAAAUGCAGAUUUAAAAACUUUAAGAAAGGAAGAAGAUCCAUUAAAUGCAUCCAAUCCAAAGACUGAAAUUACGGCAGUUGGUAAUACGUUUGCGAGAUCAAAAGAAAAUAAAGAAAAUUCGAAGGAUACAUUGUACCAGGAAAGCCGCAUUACGUUACAAAAGUACAGUCACUCAAAAUUAAACAAUGCAAUUAGAAAACAAAUCGACAAAUCCUUGCAACAGAAGAUCAAAAAAAUUAUGAGUAAACCGAUAAAGUUGCUUAAGUCGAAUGAUUCAGAUUCAGUUGACAAUUUGUGGAGCCAUUUACAAACAAAUUAAGUGUUUUCGAAGAAUAUAAUGCAAACACAUCAAUUUGAUAAA